AGCGCCAGUACCAGCAUCCUUGUCGUCGUUCACUCUGCAGCCGCCUUGUGCACGUCUGCUUCGACGUUCGGUAGCUCACUGAGCUACUAUCGACGCGUUCAUUCCGGAGUAACCGUAUCGUCGUGACGCGCUUCCUUCGCGCGACGGACCCGCUUUGCUGGCCUAGGCGGCAUAGUCCUAAAAGAUGGCUGAGGGUUUGAGCCAAAUUACCAUUCCAGACCUUGAUGAUGACGAUUUCAGUUCACCGUCUGUACCAUUUGGUCGUGGUGCCAAUGCCUUCAAAUUUGGCUCCUCGUCUGGUGCUGACUCGCCGACGCUUCUGACGCCAACCGCUGGUCCAGAAAAACACGCUGGAGACCGGGACUAUUUCCAUGCACGCCAGGAUUCUGCUGCAUCGGAGGAUUCUGCAUUCUCCUUUCAAGCACCGUCGACUUCAUUUGCCGCACGGUCGAACACUUCUUUACAAACGGCACAUUCGUCACAGGCUUCCCUUCCUACUUCCGCACCGUUUACGAAGAAAUCGUCUUUUGCGUCUCUCCGCAAUGCCUUCAAAAGCGGAGGCAAGUCGAGCGAAACCCCGCCCGUACCAUCCUUCGACCGCCAAGCAUACCCUGCUCUUCGUAAUCCUUUCAAUCGUUCCGCUUCGUCUCUUGCGCAUAGCACAACUGCACAGAAUACGAGAAGCCCACCAAGUGGUCACCAAAGGCCACCGACACCUUCGUCGACCAACGACCAUCGACAUGGACGCGCCAUGUCUUCGAGGUCGGGGAACCAAGUUUAUGGAAGGUCACAUCACUCGCAUUCGGGUUCCAUGUUCCACAACUCAGAUGCAGGGAGCGAUUAUUCCUUUGGGUUCCAUCACAUCGCCCCUCGUCAGUCGACUCCACCACCUGUACCUCGAGUCCCGAACGAAUAUAGCGGUCUUUUACCAAGGACUGACAUGCCGUAUGCAGCGGAUACCGAGGACCGCGUUGUUAUCGAUCCGAGGACACCGUCUGAAUAUGCACUGCACGCCAUCUUCAUGCAAUUUGCAGCCGUAGCAGAGGCUAAAAUCGACCAGUUCCUGAAGCAGCCCCUUGAGCGGGAUCUUUCGUUAACAGACCUCGCAGGUCCACAAAUUGACAGCAAAUUUGACGGCCUCCUUGUCUCGCUUGGCCAAAUAGCGAUGAAGACCACCAAACCCGUAGUAGACUCCAUUAUGCGCUGGCGCCGAUCUCAGCAGGAAAGCGUCUCGGGGGACGUCAUCCUGCUGCAUUCUUCCUCUUCAUCCACAAUUGCCAGGGCAACCCGGCCAAAAGAAAUUGUCAAUAUUCUUAAUGAAAGAAAAAGCCUGGCAAGCAUAUACAUUAUGUGCCGUGCCCUUAUCGCGGUCGUACAGACCGUCUCGCGCGACGCGCUUGGUGAAAGCUUGGGCUUCAGCCUCGAGGAAACGACUUUCGACCAGUUCAAGCGUCCAAACUUGAAAUUGCUGAGCCAAUCUCGCAACCAUAGGGUUAAUGCUGACCUGUAUGCAACCCUUCUGGGAAGGCUGUCAAAACACAGAUUUGAAAGUGUUACGGAUCGGUUCUUGCAUGAACUCAGCCCCGUUGCUACAAAUCAGAUACCAAAGGAUAUGGACCUGAAGUAUGAGCAUCUUGUAAAAGCUCUCAAGCAUGUCGAGAUCAAAGUUUGGCCACCAGAGGCAUUCGAAGAAGGGGCGGAGUUCAUGGAAUCACUUUCAAAAUGUUUCGAGAAUACACACGGUUACCGACUUAAAUUUGCCUUUGCCGAGACGCUUGUGCAACUGCUUCAUCCUAUUGGGAAGACUGCUCAAGCGGAGGUUAACCAUCCCGGUUGGGCGAAAGCCAUUGAGAUAAUUUACUUAAAAGCACGAGACAUGAUGAACAAGCCACGCUACUGGCAGGUAGCCUAUCCUCUUGUCAUAACUAGCCUUUGCGUUGCCCCUCAGGAGUUUUUCUUGAAGAAUUGGCUUUAUUGUUUUGAAAGCAACAUUCCCAAGCUCAAGGAGCGACCCUUUAGGAUACCUGUCUUGAAUGGUAUAAUGCGAUUGGUGUGGACUUACCUGUACCGCUGUCGUGAGACAACCUCCGCCGCGACUAAUCGUCUGGAUGGAAUACUGCGCCAUUUCUUCCCUUUAUCUCGCUUGGGAGUAAACUACGUGGAUGAUAACCUUGAACCAUUGAUUUAUCUUGUCCAUUUCAUUCUGACACGACAUCUCGAUUUUGGCACCGAGCUGGUGUUGAACCUCAUGCAGGAGCAACAGGUGAAAAUGGCUCAAUCAGGCAAUGCUUCACUCGUUCUAGCCCCUGAGCGAACGACGAUUGCUUUGGAAGCUACCCUUCGCUCCCUUUAUCUAAUGGAAAAAGAAGAAAGUGCCCCGACAUGGCCUUCAAAUGCGGACUUCUCCGUUCCUCCGGCAAAAGAUGACUAUCCGUCACUGGCAACUUUCUGCCCACCAAUCGUUUUAGCAAAGCCUGGUAUGGACGAAUUCUUCGAUAAACUAGGAUCUGUUCUUGUGUCCAUUUCGGUAACUUGUUCAAGAUCAGUCGGCCAAAUGUCGAUUUUUGAUGACGACUGGGCCUACAUGCGCCUGAAUAGUGCAUAUGAAGACUCGGCUGGUCUAGUCAUUCGUCAACACCCUGAAGUAACGGUGGCAUAUCCAGCAGCUUACUCUGGACAGAUGAAUCUCUUGGCCACCUGCUUCUCGUCCUGGCCCCGAUGCCUCCAUCCCUCUCUCCCACUUGACGAAGCCUUAGACAUGCUCAUACGCGCAAUCAUUCACGUUGAACCAUCCGUUAGCGAGUCGGCUUCCAAUGCCCUGCGAUGCAUUUCAGAAGAUCCGGCACAUAUUCCCCGAGUUUUGUCUAGAUUUGCGUCGUUCCUCUUCUCUCCGAAGCAGUUCACGACAGAGGCGUCUGGGACAAAACUACCGUUUGAGAGUAUGCGAUUGUUGAAUGUAUGGCUCGGCAUAGUUGAGGCAUGGGCAGACGGGAUCACGGGCAGUUCCAGUGACUUCUGUGAGGGAGAUACGACUUGGCUUAAUUCUCAGUUUUUCGACGUGGAGGCCGCAGCACUAUUUUUACUGAGCUCAAGAGUACGUACGGCACGGUCAGUUGGCGUUAAGUUGAUCCGGGUUCUUGAAAGAAUAGUCGAUCACUUCCAGGACCAACCUUCCACUCCUCUCAAUUCACUUUCUGACGACUCAUUCCGCAUUCUGGAUGCACUGUUAGGCAAGGGGCAACCACAGACCUUCCUCUUUGGCUUCGAUGACCUCCUCGAUGCGAAGGAGUUAUCUCGAUUAGCGCAAUGGCGACAAUUAGAUGCGGGAGAUGUACUUCUAAGGCUUGCUAGCAGUGAGGAUGAGCGGGAUUGGAAUAUCUGGUUGCUCAUUUACCCUUCUAUAAUUCGUUCCCCGGCCAAUCGCCAGUCGAAAGUUAUUUUGUCGUGCAGGGAUAUGUGGGUUGCUGCAACGACUCGUUACCAUCCGGCCGUUAUAUCUCUUUCGGGAAUUAAUAAUAAUCGUAUUCAGGCAAACCGAGGACCCAAUAACGCUAUUCGCGAAAGGGACCGACUUAUCUCAGAUAACACUUCUCUGAUCGAACAAUGGCACAUGUGGUUCAAGCUUCGGUGCUGCACCGCGACUCUUCCAGAGCCCAAGAUAGCGAACCACACGCGGAUACCGUCCGUAUCAGCAGAGCUAAAUUCCGACCGCGAUAUCGUCGCAGUAGACACGAAGGGCUUGCUCCGCUAUCUCAUUCGAUUCCUCGACUCUGAUUACAGCAUAUUCAGAGACAUUGUGCAAAUUACAUCAGCUACAAUCUCGAAGAAUCGAUAA